AUGUUCAGAUCUAAAAAGAAGAAGGAUGAAAUCAAGUCUUCGAGCAACCACAUUGAAGCUCCUCAGCUGUUUGCCAGCAAACAAUACCAUAAAAAGAAUAAUAAAGUCAGUGGGUCCCCGUUCAUUUUUGAAAAGAAUUUUGGGGAAGCCAUAACCAAGAGAACUGAGUUGAUGGCCCAUAAUUCACGGAGCUUGGGACCUGCCGAUUUGCUUCACAUCUCCACUCAUCAUAACUCCAAAGAUCAAGGGCAAUUUCAUUAUGUAACAGGAUUGGAUUUAAGUUCCGUGGCUGCCCCGGUGGCUUAUUUGACAAAAAUGAUAUACAACAACAAAUUCAGCGGCGAAAGCAGUAGCAGUAGCAAUUUGAAUUCUAUCGGUACAUAUUGUGCUUGGAACUGCUUUUCUAAAUGUGACGUGAGAAUUAGAACUGAGUUUCCUGGACAGAAAACUCUGGUUCAGCUUGUUGCCAUAAAUGGAAAGCCAUUCAAUAUUAGGGCCAAUGUCGGGACCCCAAAACACAAUAAAUCAAAUUCUGUUGUCUCAUCAAACUCAAACAAUCCCCACAAGGGAACAGACAGUCUGGAAAUGUAUGAAAGCUCCCUAAAUUUCAAGUUGCCUCUGAAUAAUAAGGGUGUCUUUGAAGGCAUUCCUGAAGAAAUAUGGCAACAAACAUACGUUUCAGGAAUUAUGCGAAAUAUCUUGUUCAGUGAUAAUUUGGAAGCUUACAAGCCGUCAUUGGUCCAGAAUACUUUGAUUUCUACGAAAUCCGCAGCUAAAAAGAUUAUUGAAUUGAUUGUGAGAAUGUUACCAAAAGGAUUCUUAACUGGUGCUUCAGAAUUGAACCAAGGGGCUGACUUUAUUCAUAAUUACUUAAUUGAUACCUUGUUGAAAAUAUUGAAAAUUAGUGAUUUAUAUAAGUAUACGAUUUCUUUGAUUGAACCACUUGUUGAGAUAAAUUUCAAUUAUCACAUGGUUUUGGUACAGUUAUUAAUUGAAGAAAGAUCUGAUGAACUCAGGUUGAUCAAAGAAUUAAAAAGAGGGGUGGUCUUUUACAAUGAUGCGGCUAAUAAAAACUUUGGAGGAAAAAAUUACGGUGACUUUUAUUUAUUGGCUCAAUCUAGAUUGAUGGCCGAAAAACAACAGUUGGACUCAGCAUUGUACUUAGCCAUUAAGGCGAUUGAAAAGAACCCAACUGAAUUUUUGAACUGGACCAACUUAUUAGAGACCUAUAUCACUCAGAAAGAUGUCCAUAAUGCCUUGUUAACCUUGAAUUCCUGUCCCGUGUAUUCUAUUCCCACUGCUAAGACUGUCCAAAGAAUUAAGGAAGAAAACAGUCUAUUUGAUCAACAGGAAGGGAACUAUAAGUUUCCUGAACCAUCACAAGAGGGGUAUCUUGAGCAAGUUUGGUCGCAAGCUAAUAGACAGGGGCCAGUUUACUUGAGAGACAAAGAUACAAUUUUGAGUGAGGAUUUUGCAUCAGAAUCGGAACUCGCCACUGUUGAUCCAAUUUUGUUACGCCUAUCAGGUCCAAAAUUGAAAGGAACUUUCAAAGCUGCGUAUGAUUAUUUGUCAGGAUUGGCAAUCUUGGUUGGUUGGGAUGCCUUGUUGAAGAUUAGAACUGAAGUAUUUGUUAUGGAAGGGGAAUUUCAAUCGGUGAAGGAAACUAAGACUGCUGAAGCAAAAGAUCAUGAGGAAAAAAGUGGAAAAUUGUCUACUGCUUCAACAACAAAACCUGCUGAUCCAACCUUCAGAACUAAAAGACUAUGUGAGCGUUGGUUGGAUUCAUUAUUUUUUAUGUUAUAUGAUGACUUGAAGGUACUUUCCAUCUGGGAGAACAAAGCACAACGAAGUGGUAAUGCACUUAGUCAUUCAACCUUAGAGUGGGAAUUGAUUGGAAUCACUGCUUUUAGAGCCAAGCAUUACGAUUUAGCGGUUUCUGCUCUUAGAACUUCAUUGAAGGCAAAAUUCUCCAUUAUCACUGCCAAAAAUUUGUUUGAAAUUUUUGAACAAUUCUUUGGAGACUAUCAGUCCUUUAAGAGAUUGAGUGUGAAUUUUGCGGACAAUAAGUAUGCCAAAGAGUUAGUGUUUGUUGGGCUGAAUAAUAUAAUAUUCCCAAAUAAAAGGGAAUUUAUUGUGGAUACUUCACAAAUUGGGAAUAUUCCAAUUAAUGACCAAUUGAUGUUGAUUAAUGAGCAGUCUUUGGAAAAUAACUUGUAUUUGGACCUUGUUUUGGAGGUAUUGAUCAAGAUUUUUUCGUGGAAUUACAGAUGGUAUGAGGACUUUUCAAUCGACUGUUUGAUAUUACUCAAAAAGAUUUUGAAUGAAAAUGAAAGGGAUUUGAUUGUUAAUAAAUUGAGAGCCUCUUUUGAAUCACAGGGUCAUGCUGUGAAGUUAUUUGAACGGUAUAUUAGUUGGAUUCAAAUGUUUGAUGAAAAUUGA